GUAACCGGACGAGAGGCCGUGGUCCGCCAUACGAUUAAGCCGUCUUAUCGGCUUUCCUCCCUCUGUGAUAAAUAUGUAAAUCCUAUCCACAACAGGCAUGGACUGGUAACCGGGCGAGAAGCCCUGGUUUGCCAUUUAAUUAAUCCGUCUUAUCGUAUUUCCCCUACCCCCCCCCAGAAUAAAUCCCAUCCUAUCUGUUUCUUGUCAUUCUCCCCAAUAUUUGAAUGUACAGCGUAAUUAGCAGUGUAGCUGCAGUUGUUAUUUUUAUUGUUUACCGUCUUAUUCAAAGACAAAUAAACAUAUAUACCUUAGUCUUCGGACCUGAAUAUAAUUACCUGCUGUUUUUCCGUUAUGAACAGAGUAUUGCUUAUUAGUGGGUAAAAUGUGACAUCAGGAAAUCUUUCAAUUCAAUGGUCCAUUAUUAGGCACAGUUUUGUUAUUGCUGCCAUUGUUUGAACAUUUACCUCUUUUUCUGGUGAGCCCUUGUUCACUACAGUGCAUUCUAUUCAAGAUUACAGGUUUAAAAUACAAUUUUGACACAUUAUAAUUGUAAUGCUACCAUUUCAAACAACAUUUUAUGACUCCUGCUGGACCACUGCAAAUGGCCACCAUUUGCCGAAAAGACACGUGUAUUCGAUACUUGGAAAAUACCACACAAUUGGUGCUUUGCAACCUGUAAACAAAACAAAUGCUCGAAAAUUGGUAUUUCACAUCUUUAUUAAAAAUGACUACAGUACCUCAAAACAGAGGACAACGGGGAAAAGGGAAUCAAUUAUGCAGGACUCUGAUAGACUUUACAUAACAUCAUUGCAAGAUCAUUCUCAAACAAAAUAUGAUCCUCUGUAUAUAAGUGGAUUGAAGACAAGGUUACCCCAUCACUUGUUGAAUGUAAUAGAUAUUACUUAUCAUUUCUUAAAGCAUUUGAAACUUCCAGUAUUGAAGAUAUUAUUGUCAAGGUAUUGUCCUACACCUCUUCUGACUCCAGAGGUGUCCAUAAGCAAUCUUAUACAAGCUUACACCCCAACCAAUAAGGUUUUUCUUUUUAUUCGGUCUAUUUUGACAAAAGUUCUGCCAAAAAAUAUAUGGGGAUCCCUGAAAAAUAGUUCAAAUUUCUAUGGUGCGGUUAGGAGACUGUUGAAUUCAAGAAAACAUGAUAAAAUCACAAUGGAGACUUCAAUCAGAACUCUUAAAAUAGAAGAGAUGAAUUGGCUGAAGGGCAAAGACAAAAAAUUGAAUUUAGAAAAAUUUAUUUAUUGGCUGAUGAAUGAAUUUGUCUUUGUACUUCUCAAAAGAUUAUUUUACAUAACAGAAAACUCUGAUCGUAAAAACAUGAUAUUCUUUUAUCGAAAAGAAAUUUGGGCACAAAUAAUUGGACUUCAUGCUCAACAUCAGGUGCAGUCUGAUUCUUGGAAACUUAUAAUAUCUGUUGAGAAUCGAGAUAAUAGCUGUUGCAUCGAACUUCACGAACAUGUGAAAGGAAACGACAUCACUUUUUAUGAUGUAAGACCAAUACCAAAAACCAAGAAUGUUAGACUUGUCAUGUCAAAGAGGGAAGUUGGAAUUGAGAGAGGGCUACAAAGAAGGCAAGAGCAUAUUUCUAUAAAAACAUUGCUUGUAUUGUUAACAGGGCUUUGGAAAGCACAUCCAGUUAUGAGUGGAUCAUCAGGUUUCGGCAUCAAAUAUAUUCACAAAAAAUGGAGAAACUUCAUGAAGGCACAGAGCAGUCAUGAAUUCAGUAAGCAAAAAAUGAAAAACUAUUUUGUCAAGGUCGAUGUGGCUCGUUGUUUCGAUACUAUUCCACAUAACAAACUACUUGAAGUAUUGAGGCAUAUAUUGUUGAAAUACCCAUACUCAAGGAUACCACUUUCAGCUAAAUAUGGAUGUAUAUCUCACAGCACGGAAGAGGUCUGGGAAAGCUUGAAAAUGUUGUUACAGAAUUACAUUCUUAGGCUAGCUGGACGAUUUUAUAUAAAAACUGAGGGAAUUCCACAAGGAUUGCCAAUCGCUAGCAUUUUAUGCAAUCUGUUUUACGGUCAUUUGGAGCAGCAGGAGUUUCCCAACUUAUUGUCUGACAGCACAUGCCCGAACAGGGUCCUGAUGAGGGUGAUUGAUGAUUUCUUGUUCGUCACUACUGAUUUGAAUGAAGCAUUGGAUUUUUUGAAUAAACUACAUAAUGGUUAUCCAGAUUAUGGUCUGAAAAUAAAUCCAAGUAAAACUACAAUCAACUUUAACUUGCCUGGGUAUGUGAAGAUACCUCAUGCAGAUUGCAUUAAUGUCCUCGACUCUCAUGAACCAUUCCCUUGGUUUGGACAUCUGUUCCUGCCCAAGUCUAAUUUUUCUAAAGAAUCACCAUUUGUUGGCCACGGAAUUGCUCAAGAUUACAGCCGAUGUAAUAAUUUGAAUAGUGUUAGGGAUGUUAUAUCAAUUAAUGAUCAACGAAACAGAAAACGUUUUCCAUUUGCAGCUCAACAAUAUGUUCUUCUGUAUGAGAAGUCUAUCAUUGCGAUAACGAUUACUAGGCUGACUGACAUAUGCUGUGACAGACUAUGCAACUCACAUGCACAAAUAUUAAGGAACAUUUUUGAAAUUUCCAUUUUAUCAUCUUUGCAAUGGCUUGCUCACUUCUAUAUGGACAAAGAAUCCAGAUCAAAAAAUGUCACCUAUUGCAUCCAAAGUUACAAAAAUAUUGUGAAUAUGGGAAUUAUUAAAACUCUGAAGUGUAGAAAAGUGUUAUCUCCCUCUGAUCGCAAUGCUAUCAUGUGGACUUCUCUUAUGGCCCUUAAGAAAGUGCUAUCGAGACACCAUUUUUCUUUCAAAUUUGCACUGAAGAAUUUGAAGCAAGAAAUAUCAAAACUAAUGUGGUUGAUGAAGAAAUCAGGAAUAUGGAAUACAAAAAAAUUGAUGUUGUACAGAGUGACUGCACACUACCCGAAACAUCUGAUGAAACUAAAGGUUACAUGCUAACUAUGUUAAGUUGAUCACACAUUCAUUAUCGUUAUGUCUAUUUCAUGAACAAAUGGUAGAAAAGCAUGUGUAUAUCAGAGGAACAGAAUGUACAAGACCUUACUGGCCUAGGACACAGAUGUCUUCAAAAAUAUUCAACAAAUCAGGACUGCCAUGUUAUAGUAAGACAAUAUACAUCAAAAUAAUCAGUACUUGCCCCUGAUUCCAUUGUGAGAAAUGGAAGUCUGGUAUGGACUGCCAAUUGAUAUAUCUAAUAAAAAUUUUGCUCAGCAGGGAUACAAAGUAGAUGGUUACAUACAAAUUUGGUCAACAUUUCUGAAUAACAUAUGAAGGAAUCAACAUAUGAUUAUUAUUGUGCUUCGUUUGCCUAAACUGAGCACUACUGUAUGAUAAAUACAUUGCACAGUUUAGGGUUAUGUUAUAUUGAAUUUAUAGAUCUGACCAAGAUUUCCAGAGCUCAUGGAAGUUGUCAAGAACCGCAUAAGAGUUACUCUGUAUAAUCUUUCCGAAAAGGAUAAUACUUGUGUGAUUUGGAUGCCCAACCAUCUACGUCACAAGUUCGCCAAUUCCUGUUUAAAUUUUUGAUUUUGGUCAUGUCCCCUUCAUCAAUAACAAAAUUGAACAGGUCUAUGUUAGAAGUUAUUCUCGCCGGAGUAACACUCUUUGGAAUCACUAUCACAUUCCGCUGAAUUUGGUAACGAAGUAAAACUUGAGCCACUGUCUUCAUAUACUUCUUUGCAAUAUCUAUUAAAAUAGGUUCUUCAAAAAGAGUAGGAUCGGAGAUAUCACGAUUUCCUGGGGAACCCAACGGACUGUAACCAGUAACAACAAUACCCUUUGAUUGACAGAAUUCCACCAUAUCAGUUUGGUCAAGAUAUGGAUGACAUUCAAACUGAUGGACAUCUGGCACAUAAGACGUUUCUUUUGACAAACGUUCCAGUUGAAAACGAUUAAAAUUUGAAACUCCGAUUGAUCUAGUCAAGCCAGAUUUCUGUAGCUUGAUAAGUUCUUUCCAUGUGUCAACAUAAUCAAUACUUUCAUCAUUGUUGACAUCAUAAUUCCCAUCUUUCACCUCGACCUGGUUUUCUUUUAAAGCAAAUGGGAAGUGUAGCAAAUACAAGUCUAAAUAUUC